AUGCCGUUCUUCCGCCGCCCAACAAACCAGAGCAACUCGACCGCGUACGGUGGCUCGACCUCGACCGUUCCGCAUUACAACGUCUACUCGAACCGCAGAUAUGCCAGCAGCAACUAUCCCAUGAGCAGCGCUUCCUCUAGCUGCAGUGACGCAGAAUCGCAGCUCUCCGACCUGGCAUAUUUGCAACCAAUGAAGAAGUUCAACGGGCGCAAUGACAGUGAUAGUGGCUGCUCGAGUGCGAGUUCCGUCAAGUCCGGUCGGAGCCUCAAACAGAAAUUGUCUCGCGCACUCUCGGGCGGACGCAGGCCGUCUGUCUCCGUGCCAACGAGAACCGAGACGAUCCCCCCUGUUCCCAAGCUCUCGGCUGAAUAUCUGCGAGCAAUGGCCAGCCGCUCGCCGUCGCCACUCUCUCCGGCCGCAACCACUGUUUACGAAGAGAACGAAAACAACUCGACGCCCCGACGCUGUCAAACAUCAAUGUCGAGCCGUCUUCCCUCGAGCAAGUCAAACAAUUCUAUCUUCUCCUACGCCCGUGCCGUCCAUGGUCAACCCUCUCAACCGUCAAUGCACCCACAGCUGACUAUUCAACAUGCGCUUACUCGCCAUGUGCCACUCGCCUCUCCCACUCAGCAGACUCCUAAGGCCGGAGACAGGCGGUCUACCUCAAGCAGGGCUGGUGCACGCAUCUCCCACCAGCGCCACGGAUCCAUGCCGGCGGCGAGCGAGCUGUCUCGACUGUCUGCAGAGCAGAAGUACGUGUUCACCCCCAAGCGUUAUGGUGGUAUCGGCCGCCAACAGCCCCCCCGCAGUCGGUCCUCUUCCUUCGACCCAUCGGUGCAGCAUAUGCAGCGCAUUCCUUCUCCGUCUCUGGCAAGCGCCAUGGGCUCGCGACCUUCCUCGCCCGAGUCGGCGGUUUCGACACCGUUCCGGAUCCGCCGCAAGCCGGUGCCUUCAUUGCAGCCUGUCCCCAAGGACAAAGGCGUAGACGGGGAAGACACCGAUGCCUCGAGCAUAGCCAGCCCCCUUCUGAAGAACGUCAAGGUUGAGCCUCCUAUUGAGGAGAUGCUGGACCUGGACCUGGAAGACAAGGCGGAAGAAGCUGCAUCGCCUGAGGCUGAGAAGUCGUUUCGGCGUGAGCUCGAUGUGCUAUUCGAAGAGCUCUUGGACGCCUGCCAAAGCUUAGGUGCGGACACGGCGCCUUCUUCCCCCACACCGCGCACGCUGGGGAGCGGCUCCGUCACCGUCCCAGUGACGCCUAAGAAGGCGCUUGCAAUGCCGACGCUGACGCCUCCUUCGAGGCGCGUAGGCCUCGGUCGCGGCUCGCCUUCCCCGCAUCGCGCACAUUCGCCUGCGCACUCAACUCAGAACACCGAUGGCCCGGUUAGCCCACUUGACAGGGCGAAGUCGGCGGUGUGCCGCAAGUCGGAUGACCAUCACUUCUUCGGCGGCCGUGUCGAGCAGGUCACGCCCCGCAAGACACCCAAGUCCAAGUCGAGCAAGCCGACCUCGCCCUCGCGCGUCCGCCACCAAAUCCGCCAGAUUGAGCGCAUCAUGUCGGAGCAGGCGUCCCCGGAGAGCUCCUCGCGCAUCGGCACCCCGCUCAAGAGUAAGCUAACACUACACGAGGCAGCUGACAACAGACCUCGAGGCGAUCCUGAACCGCCCCUGCUCCGUGGACUCGGUCGAGCUCACGCGUGA